AUGGCAGCAGCGGCAAAAGGAGUCUUCUGGCGGGAUGAAGAGGUGGAGACCCUGCUGGACCUCGUUGCACGCUCCAGAAAAGCGGCGCGUGUAAUGAGGAGCACACAUCUGCCCACGAAGCUUAUAUUUCACAAGCUGUCGAGGCAGAUGUGUGCCCGUGGUCACAGCAGGACCCCCGAACAGUGCAGAUCGAAGUUCAAGAGGGUGAAGGGGGACUUCUACGGGGCGCUGGAAGCCUGGCAGGGGAUCCCUCGCCAGAGUGGAAAGCCCCCGUACUUUGCGUCCAUGAUGAACCUCUGGGAUCUCGCCGGAAGGCCAAGCUGGCAAUCCCGUCAUCAUGCUGCCCUUCUCCGCGGUAGAGCUCCCACCGCUGCCGUGGGGGAGGCAAGAGCAGACGAGGAGCAGGAGGCGCUUGAGGUGGCUGGGGAGCAAGCUUCCUCUGAGGACCCUGCUCAGGGAUCACAACAGGCACCCCCUGCCUCCGGCCGGGCCCCCCCCCCCCGGGGGGAGCAGGGUCGCCUGGCCGCUCUCCGCCGGCCGCCCUCCGAGGCCCGGGAGGCUCCCCUCGCCCUCCCGCGGGCCGCGCUUCUCCGCGCUCUCCCCCCCCACCGCCCUGCGGAGCCGGCCGGGCGAGGGCGAGGGAGCCGGAGCGCCGGGCGAGCCCCACGGCCGGGCUGGGGCUGCGGGAUCCUGGCCGGGGGGCCGCGGCCGGCAGGGCCGCCCUGGGUCUCCCGGCGCCCGCUCGCCCGCCCCCCCCCUCCCUCGCCGCUGCUCUUGUGCGUCGGGGGCUUCUUCGGCUCCCCUGGGGACGCGGACUGGGAGGAGUACCGGAAGGGGGCCAAGAAAGCCCCUAUUCAGACCUACGUCUUGGGAGCCAACAAUGAAGAAACCGUUGGCUGCUUUCUUGAUGUCAGUGGAUGUGAACUAGCUGAGAACAUCACUUAUCUAGGGCGCAAAGGUGUCUUCAAUGAAGCCUCUGGCCUUCAGAUUACGUACCUCAGUGGGACUGAGUGCUUGGAGGAGCCCGUCCCAGCACACUGUUUUAGCUCCAAGGAUGUGACUGAUCUCAAAACAUCGUUGCUGUCUACUCCAAAGUUCAAAGCUGUUGACAUCUUGAUAACUUCCUGUUGGCCCAGAGGGGUAGAGAGAUUUGGAAACACUCCCGGCGACGUGGACACUAAGAAAUGUGGCUCGAGGCUCGUCUCUGUGCUAGCCAGCAGUCUAAAACCAAGAUACCAUUUCAGAGGCCUGCAGAAGAUUUGUUAUGAAAGACUUCCUUACAGGAUGCACGCUGUUCUUCAGGAGUCAGCACAGCAUGUGAGCAGAUUCAUAGCCCUAGCAAAUGUUGGCAAUGCAGAGAAGAGGAAGUACCUCUAUGCAUUCAGCAUCCUUCCAAUGAGUUCCAUGGAUCCAGCAGAGUUAGUCAAACAGCCACAGGAUGUCACUGAGAACCCAUACCGAGGGCCUGGAGGAUGGGAGCGUGGCACCCAGCAGCUGUCAGGAGCAGAGGAGGAACCUGUGGGCCAGUUUUUCUUUGAUCUAAGUAGCAAACCAAAAGGAAAGAAGCGGCCCUCUGAAGGCAGAACUGGACAGCAGCCCCAGCCCCAGCGCCUCCCUUGCAAGCCUUCCCUGCCAACAGCCGCGUGCUGGUUCUGCCUUGCUAGCCCAGAAGUAGAGAAGCAUUUGGUGGUGAGCAUCGGGACACAUUGCUAUCUUGCCCUUGCCAAGGGGGGCCUCUCUCCUGACCAUGUCCUGGUUUUGCCUAUUGGGCACUAUCAGUCGGUGGUGGAGCUGGCUUCAGAGGUGGUGGAAGAAGUGGACCAGUACAAAUCAUCCCUGAAGGAGUUUUUCCAGAGCAGAGGGAAGAGGUGCGUUGUCUUUGAAAGGAACUACAGGAGUCAGCAGCUGCAGGUGAGGGUGGUCCCUGUGCCUCAGGACUGCUGCACGACGGAAGACAUUAAGGAGGCCUUCGUAGUCCAGGCAGAGGAGCAGCAGAUGGAACUGCUCGAAAUCCCAGAACAUUCAUCUCUCAAGCAAAUAGUGCAGCCAGGAGCGCCCUAUUUUUACAUGGAGCUGGACACGGGGGAGAAGCUCUUCCAUCGCGUUAGGAGACAUUUCCCCUUGCAGUUUGGCAGGGAAGUGCUGGCCAGCGAGGCUGUCCUCGGCAUGCCCGGCCGGGCAGAUUGGAGGAGCUGCCAGACGGGGAAAGAGGAGGAAGCAGCAGCCGCACAGGCCUUCCGCCAGGCCUUUGCGCCCUUUGACAUUGCCCAGGGGGACUGAGCGCGGAGCAGGAGCAACCGGAUUGUGUCCUGCUCUUUCUGUUGGGCCCUUCGUAGCAGGAAGAACUGGCAUGGCGCCAGGCCCCUGGACUCUUCCCAGGCACGAGCAUUCGGAGCUGCUCCCCUUCCCCCCCCCCAGGGUCACCUCCUGAGCUGCUGGCACAGCAGAGACCUGGGGGAGCAAGGGAGCCGCUAGCAGGAGGGAGAAAGGGGGGGGGCUCUGCAGUGCAUAGCGGGGGGGGGGGGAGGCGGCCUCACCAACAGCAGGUGGAGCACUCAUCGGACUCAUCGGAAAGGCCAGCAGGGCAGGGAAAGGCAUAGGCCACCUUUCUCUGCUCCUUGACUUUGUCUGGAGCUUGUAAAAUAUUACUGGGGGGGGGUUGUAAAAUUUAAUGGGGGGGAGGGCUGUAAAUAAGCAUUGAAUGGAAAUGGAGUCAUGGGUGUGCUAUAAAUUAUUUUGCCAUUUUAAAUAAAACCGUUUUUAA